UUUGUUUCAAAAAUCCUUGCCCAGUGGCUCAGAGUUGUCAAACUGGCUUUCCUCGUGAAGAUUAUCGUUGUGUAUGCAGGAAUGGACUGAUGGGACAAAACUGUAACGAAGGACUACCAUCAGUACGAGUUGCUCCUGAUAAAAUCGAAACUGUGGAGGGUAGAAAUGUUUCCAUGACGUGUAACGCGACUGGUAAUCCGUUGCCACAUUCAGUUACGUGGAGCAAGGCUCAAGGACUGCUACCUUCUUCAAGAAGCUUCGAAGAUGGAGGAAGUCUGACCAUGACAAACGUCUCUGCAUUAGACAAUGGUUCCUACCUGUGUACUGCCACAAACAUUUGGGGUAAAAAAUCAUCUGCAGUUAACCUCCGAGUGUAUUCAACUCUCAAGUUUACCAUCAAACCCCCAUCGAAUAUAACUGUAAAGGCUCAUGAAACUCUCACACUGUCGUGUUCUGCUUCAAGCGACCUGUUACCAACGAUGGCGUGGAUGUGGAACGGGACCUCGUCAUUACCUUCAGGCGCGGGUAUUGAUUCCUCCAAUAACUUGAUAGUUUCACCUGCUAACUUAACCCAUGUAGGUAACUACACGUGCAAUGCGUCUAAUGCAUUGAGCUCUAUUCAAACAAGUGUCAUCGUUUACGUCAAGUACCCUGAAACCUGCGCUAAAGUGAAGGCCAACAUCAGUGACGUCAGUGCUGAUUACUUCAUUGAUCCAGACGGUGUUCUUGGCGAUGAUCCAUUUCCUGUUUACUGCAACAUGACUGACAAAGGAGGUGUUGGAGUGACAGUUGUCAGUCAUGACAGCGAGAACAGGACACAUGUGGAUGGUUUUGACCCGGCUGGUUCAUAUUCCCUUGGUAUCAAUUACAACCCCGCCAGCAUUUCUCAGUUAAAAGUUCUAACAGACCUUUCCACCAAUUGCCAACAGUUCAUCAAAUAUGAGUGUCUGGACUCUAGAAUUAGCUCGUCUAAAUUUGCAUGGUGGGUGUCACGUGACGGUGAAGAAAUGUUCUACUUUGAUGGGGCCAGUCCAGGGUAUGAUGGCUGCGCCUGUGGAAAGAACAACUCGUGUGUCAAAGCGUCGAACGUUUGUAACUGUGAUGAGAAUUCACCGAUAUGGCGAGUGGACAGCGGUCUUCUGACAAACAAAUCCCACCUUCCCGUCAUUCAGUUGAGGUUUGGUGAUACGGGAAGCUAUUAUAGCUGGAAUGGAGAAUUCCGACCUGAAGAAGGAUAUCACACUUUGGGAAAAUUGGAGUGCUAUGGAAUAAACUGAGCAAUGUACUGUCGUUAAGUGGAAUUCCUGAGGGAUGACAGAAUUGCAGUCAUUUCGCCCACCAGUCGUUUCGCUAACGACCAGCUUCAUUGUGUCUCAAGUCGUUUCGCACUCGUCUCAGGUCAGUUCGCUAAGGUAAGGGUCGUUCUGCUCACGUUGUGGGUUAUUUCACCAAAGUCUCGUAUUGGUUUGUCUUCUCCGUAGACGCGACGAGCAAAUUGUUGUACCGUCAACAUGUGGUACAACAUUUGGGUUAUACUGUGCACUGCCAGUUUGUCGGAUAGAAAUUCUUUGAUUGUACGCUGUGCGUGAAGCCUAAGCUGUCUAUGAGUCUGCUUUUUCCCUUUGCUUAGUUCUCUCGUCAUCUUUCAGUUUUUUUAUUGAAAUGACCGAGCUCCCUAAUGAUUCAAUGAGGGUAAAUAUAUGAAAAUCAUAUUUGUGAACUGCGGGUAAAGAAAUAAACACUACUUAAGUAAGGAAUAGGGAAAAUAAGGUCUGAAAAACUUCAGGCCUGUACGCUAUUUGAA